AUGGGACUCGAACAACAAUCCGAUGUGCUGGAAAAAUGGUAUUAUCCCGCGGAGCGCACGUCGGACAACGGUGACCGUCUGGUUGACUUAUGUGAACAGACGGGCCUCAUCAUCGCUCCCGCGUUUAAGAGGAAUCAUCGACGCCAUCAGCUCACGUUUCAGGAUUCAACCCUUUUAACGCUUGAAGAGCAGCGCAAGCGGAAGAUAAAGGCUCUCAAAAUUUAG